AUGUCCACAAAGUCGGAGCUCCUCAGCGCAUUGGAAUCUGACGAGGAGAGUCAAACCAAAUUAUUGCAGUCCUUCGUUCGAGCUGCAUCCCCAAACCCACCAGGAAAUACCCAGGUCGCGGCCAAAGUACUGACCGAUUAUCUCACUUCGAAAAACAUCCCUUAUGAAAUCAUCGAGCCGAAGCCGGGGUAUCCGAAUAUCGUCAGUGAAUUCUCCGGAGGCAAUGGUUCGGGUCAGCGCGUUGUUUUGAAUGGUCAUAUCGAUGUUUUCCCCGUGGACGAGACUGCUCCCGGCUGGAAUCGUGAUCCUUGGUCGGGAGAUCUAGUUGAUGGGCGCGUUCAUGGUCGGGGUGUGGUUGAUAUGAAGUCUGGAACCGCAUCGCUAGUCAUCGCCUACGCAUAUCUCUAUGCUAGAAGAGAUUUCCUUAGUGGGAGUGUUGCUCUUUGUGCUGUUUCCGAUGAGGAAACAGGUGGUCGGUGGGGAACGCAGUAUCUCAUUAAAGAAGAUAAACCCCGGUGGGGAGGAGAUGUGAUGCUGAGCACUGAGCCAACGGGACAGACUAUUCGCUUUUCUGAGAAAGGAACUUUGAGGCUCUCUGGGACUAUCACGACGAAGGCCGCACAUGGAGCAUAUCUGAAUCUCAGUAAAGGAGCGAUCCGAACAGCGGCCGAAUUUCUGAAUGCUGUCGUCAAGGAUGUCGAAGGAAUCGAGCCGAACCCUCCUCCCGAGAUUGCCAGGUAUCUGACCGAUCCAAAGGUCCUUGCUGUCGUGGAUGAGGCCAUGGGGCCAAAUACUUCAUCAAUCAUCGCUCGGCCGACCGUUAAUAUCGGGACAAUCAAAGGUGGAGUCAAGGUGAACAUGAUACCAGAUCUCUGCACCUUCGAGCUUGAUAUCCGGCUACCGGUUGGCCUUGUCGCUAGCGAGGUAAUGACUGUUCUUGAAUCUGCAGCGUUGAAAUAUCCAGAUGCAAAGAUCGAGUUGAAGAAGCAAGAUGCAGCUAGCAACCCUGCUAGCUUCUCGCCUGUUGAUCACCCAAUUAUAGGCCUUAUCAAAGAUAAUGCAGAGAAGGCGGGGGCUUCCCAUGCAAUAGCAAUUCCAUCGAUGGGUGCUACAGAUUGCAAGCACUAUCGAUAUGCCGAUAUACCUGCCUACGCUUACGGGUGCAGUCCACUGAGCAUGGCGUCUGUCAACGAGUCUGCUUCGCUGGACGAGUUUUUCCAUGUAACCAAAGUGCAUGCAUCCACAGUUUGGGAUUAUCUGGGAAAGAGAGGGUCGUAG